ACUGUUUGAAACAUUUAAAUGAUUUAAUUCAAUUAUGUGUAUCUUAUUUAUUUAUCGUAAUCCUGAUGCUACCUCUGAGUCCUAUCGAUUAAUUUUGGCCUCAAAUCGUGAUGAAUAUAUUAAACGUCCAGCAUUACCUGCCCAUUAUUGGGAAAAUCAUCCAGAAUGUUUAGGAGGUACUGAUAUGGAACCUGGAAAAGAAGGCGGAACAUGGUUAGCAUUAUCUGUGACAGGGAAAGCUGGCAUUGUUUUAAAUUUAUCUAAUGAAGCAAGUUUAACUGAUACUCCAAAACAGGGACGAGGAUUUUUAAUACCCAAUUUUAUUACUUCAAAUGAUUCUGCAAUAUCAUAUUUGGAUAAAUUGUAUAAAGAAAAUGAAAUGUACAAUCCAUUUUUUUUGGUUUUAAUUAAUUUACAUAAUGCAGAUGUUCACUACCUCAGUAGCUCUAUUAACUCAAUGGGACCUUCUUCAGAACAGAAUAGUAUACUAGGGUUUAGUAACAGUGGCCUUGACGUUCCUUAUAAAAAAGUUGAAAUAGGAAAGAAAAGAUUUAAAAACAUUGUUAGCGAUGCUAAAGUCUCAAAACAGACAGAAUUAAUUGAAGAUCUUUUAACAUUUUUGAAAUCAGAAGAAAAGCAUUUACCAGAUCCAGAGUUGCAAAAGCGAAAUCGAUCACAUUAUGAAGAACUCAGCUCAAUUUUUGUAUCUGCUGGGGAAUAUUCGACACGUACUCAUUCUAUAAUAUUAGUUAAUGGAAAUAAUGAAAUAACAUUUGUUGAAGAAACGCUUAUGCCAGACUUAACAUGGAAGCGUCAAAUAUUUAACAACUUAAUGUGUAACUGUUGAAGUAAGGAACAAUAUUUAUGUACUUAACUUAAUAUUAAUUAUAUAAAUAGUAUAAAACGCGAAAAAGUAUUGUAGUGUACGAUAUUUUGUAGAUUAUGUACAAAAAUAAUAAAGAUGCAUUAUUAUUAUAAAA